AUGUUAAGCUCAUUGGUAGUGCCUCGUGUGCCGAAUUAUAGGCCUUUUGUUUCUCUUACUUUACGGCUGGUACGGCAUAACUCCAAUUCCCAGAACAGAUGGCUAGCAAGACAGAAGAAUGAUCAUUUUACAAAGGCAGCUAAGGAACAACAGUUCCGAUCCAGAGCUGCUUUCAAGCUAAUGGACAUUGAUGAUAAAUACAAGUUGAUGAAAAAGAAGCACAAGGUAUUGGAUCUGGGGUUUGCUCCAGGUGCGUGGUCACAAGUUGCAAGGAAGCGUGUCGGUCCUGAAGGCAUGAUAAUGGGUGUGGAUUUACUCCGUUGUCCUCCACCCAAAGGAGUUUUCUCGAUACAAGCCAAUAUUCUUUCAAAGAAGACUCAUGAGCUUAUCAGAUUCUGCUUUGCACGUCACAUUCAAUUGAAUAAACACGAUGAGUUGCAUAAAGAUCAUGGGUACUUCCAGCAUAUGUUGGAGGAAGAAUUGAACCAUGUGCGGGAGUCAGAAGAGUACAAAGAGCUUUUUUCGCAGGCUGAUGUUAGCAACAGUGUCGAAAGGUACCCUGUCGAUGUUGUUUUAAGCGAUAUGAUGGCCAACACCACAGGGGUGUCUAUUAAAGAUCACUACAUGUCAAUGGACUUAUGUGAUGCUGCAUUGAUUGCUGCUAUAGAUUUAUUGAAACCAGGAGGUUCGUUUGUUUGUAAAUUAUACGCUGGUAGUGAGGAUAGUUUGCUAGAAUCGCGGUUAAGGAAAGUGUUCAGAAAAGUUGAUAGAUUUAAACCUCAUGCUUCUAGAAAUGAGUCGAAAGAGUUGUACUUUAUAGGACGAGAAAAACUAGCCAAGGUUGACAAAUUAAAAGUGUUCUUAGAGGAGUGA